UAAAUCAUCAGCAUCGCAGCACCCAAGUCAUCAAACAAGGAGUCCAUAGAGAAUCAAAGCCGCCUUCGCCUUCUUUGAUCUGUUAUACUCGAUCAGUGGGAGGAUAUGAAUACUUUUUCACAUGUUCCCCCAGGUUUCCGAUUCCAUCCAACAGAUGAAGAGCUAGUGGAUUACUACCUUAGAAAAAAAGUUGCUUCAAGAAGGAUUGACCUAGAUGUCAUUAAAGAUAUUGAUCUGUAUAAGAUAGAGCCAUGGGAUCUUCAAGAAAAAUGUAAGAUAGGAACUGAAGAGCAGAAUGACUGGUACUUUUUUAGUCAUAAAGAUAAGAAGUACCCAACUGGAACUCGCACUAAUAGAGCCACAACAGCAGGUUUUUGGAAAGCAACAGGAAGAGAUAAGGCUAUUUACUCUAAACAUAAUCUGGUUGGAAUGAGAAAAACCUUAGUAUUUUACAAAGGUCGAGCACCCAAUGGACAAAAAUCAGAUUGGAUUAUGCAUGAGUAUCGAUUGGAAACAAAUGAAAAUGGAGCACCUCAGGAAGAGGGCUGGGUUGUUUGUAGGGUAUUCAAGAAGAGAGUUACAACAAUGCAGAAAAUGAGAGAACAUGAAUCUCCAUGUUGGUAUGAUGAACCAGUUUCAUUCAUUCCAGAACCUGAUUCACCAAAUCCAUACUCCUGCAAGCAAGAACUAGAGUUGCAGUUUCACAUGUCAAAUAUUGGCUCAUUCCUUCAACUCCCUCAAUUAGAAAGUCCAAAAUUUCCACAUUCAACAGCAGCUAGUGGUAGUUGCUGUUCUGUUGCUGCAUAUGGUCUUGAUGUUAAUAACCAUGGAAGUACUUUACAAUCUUCAUCAAUCUCACAAGAAGAACAGAUACAACAAAACCAUCAUCAAUAUGAUAUGAAUUCUCUUUAUAAUGAACAAGCAGUAGAUCAAGUCACUGAUUGGAGAGUUCUUGAUAAGUUUGUUGCUUCUCAGCUUAGCCAUGAAGAUGUUUCCAAAGAAAACAACUACUCUAGUAGUGGUGCCAAUAAUGUCUUUAACUUGUCCUCCGAUCACAUGAACAUUCUUCUGCAACAAUCCAAUAAGCAACAAGUACUCGCACCGGCACCGGCACCGGAGGAUUACGCAUCUACAUCAACUUCCAGCUGCUGCCAAAUUGAUCUGUGGAAGUGAUCAUAUCUAUUACAGUACUAUAUACUGAUUGUAGUUGUACAUAAUAAAA